UCAAAUCUAAUUUUGUCUUUCCAUUCGACUCAUGAAUCCAGUCAUGAUCACUUGAUCCAAGCUAAUUUUCCAUGGCUAGCUAUUACAUGUCCUCUACUUCAGACACAAAGUCUGAAAUCACAUCCCUUCUGGGCAGUUCAGAGCCGACUUUAUGAAGAAGUUUAUGGUCUACAACCCCCAGGGAUACAUGGGCUUUACCAUUAUUAACAACCUUUGAUCUCCACUUGACAUCAAGAAAGCUUAAGUCUCCCAUAACAAUACUAUUUUUCUCUCUAGUAACACAGAGACCUCAAACCCUACCCAAAUCUGAAUGUGGAGGUUUCUAAUAGGAUUCAAAGAAACCUUUUUAUUUCCCCGUGUCAGCUGAGUGUUUGGAGGGUCAUAAUACUGCUAAUAAAGGACCUUGAGGUCUCAGGGGGAGGAGGAGGUUAUAGAGGAAUGCCAAGCACCUUUUCCCAUGUAUAUGUUCUUGCACACACAUGCAUGGGUUUGUAAUUUGAAACUCUCUUUACUUCUGGACAGGCUUUGCAAACUGCUUAGACCACAUUCUCUGAGGUGUUUAAAGAGGGUGGAGUAUGCAGUAUUUAUUUAGGUACUCUACAAACCUUAAUAAGAAUCGAGUGCUUGUAGCAAUCGCAGAGAGCAAACAGAAAGCCAGCUGGCAGAAACUGAACAGUGCCACUGCAUUUUUAUUGCUUCUAACCCCCCCCAAAACAGAUUAUUACCAAAAAAAAUGUCUUUUUUAAUUUCAUUUAUCUCUGAUCCUGCAUUAAUUUGUCUGCUGUGUGCAGUGGUAUUAUUAGCUGUACUCUAUUUUUCAACUGGCUAUAAAAAUUCAGCUUUUAAAUUUCCUCCUGGUCCAACUCCUCUUCCGAUCAUUGGUAACCUGCACUUGGUGGAUCUUAGAAGGCAAGAUAAAUCACUAAUGAAGCUUGCGGAAAAAUACGGCCCCAUCUUCACCCUCCACUUUGGGUUCCAGAAAGUUGUGGUCCUGACCGGGUACGAAGUUGUGCGGGAGGCGCUUGUGAACUACACAGAGGAGUUUGUAGACAGACCAUCCAUCCCAAUAUUUGACCAAAUUCAGAACGGAAACGGUUUGUUCUUCUCUAUUGGGGAGCUGUGGAGAACAACUCGGAGAUUCACCGUGUCCAGCAUGCGCAACCUCGGCAUGGGGAAAAAAAUGAUAGAAGGGAGAAUUUUUGAGGAGCUUCACUUCCUUAUCGAGAUGAUCAAAUCCUUCAAAGGGGAACCUUUUAGCCUAACGUCCUUCAACUGUGCUCCAAUCAACAUCACCUUCGUCAUGCUGUUUGGGGACAGGUUUGACUAUAAGGACCCAACAUUUCUCACUCUCCUAAGACUCAUAGAUGAAGUUAUGAUUCUUCUGGGAUCUCCAUAUUUGAGCUAUUUCAACUUCUACCCAUUCCUUGGAUUUCUUUUCAAAACCCACAAGAUUAUGCUUGGGAAAAUAGAAGAUGUGCGCGUCAUUUUAAGGCAAUACAUGAAGGCAAGUAGGGAGGAUAUCAAUGAGAACAGCGUGAGGAGCUACAUUGAUGCACUGAUAUUCAAGCAACAAGAGGAGAAAAACAAGAAAGACAGCCUCUUCCAUGAUGACAACUUAAUAGCAUCCAUACUUGACCUGGUCAUGGCAGGAACAGAGACCAUAGCCACAACGCUCCAGUGGGCCAUCCUGCUGAUGAUGAAAUACCCAGAGAUUCAAAAAAAGGUGCAGGAGGAGAUUGGGAGAACCGUCCAAGCUGGAAACUGGGCCACAUAUGAAGAUAGGAAGAACAUGCCGUUUACAAAUGCGGUGCUACAUGAAGUGCAGAGGUUUAUCACCCUCCUGCCCCACGUUCCCCGCUGCACUGCUGUUGACACCCACUUCAGGGGCUACUUCCUUCCCAAGGGUAUAAUUGUAAUCCCAUCACUCACCUCAGUGCUGCUGGAUAAGACGCAAUGGGAGACACCGCAUCAGUUCAACCCCAACCAUUUCCUUGAUGCCGAAGGGAAUUUUGUAAAGAGAGAGGCUUUCCUGCCCUUCUCCACAGGGCGAAGGAACUGCAUUGGAGAAAGCCUGGCCAAGAUGGAGCUGUUUGUCUUCUUUGUAGGGUUGCUUCAGACAUUUACUUUUCAACCCCAGCCAGGAGUUUCAGAGUCUGACUUGGACCUUACCGUCCCCCAAACGACUUUCACGUUAAGGCCUCAGCCUCAGGCAACCUGUGCUGUCCCACGUGAAUAACCACAGCCCUGCUGAAGAGCAACCCAACAAGUGGGGAACCUGCUUAGACCCAACUUAGCUAUGCUAGGACUCGCCAUUCCCUCGUCCUGGCACAUCACCCUCUUACACAUCCCCUUCCCACUGUCUCCAUCCACUCCCACUCCACUGCUCU